UCCCACUGCAAUUGAAUGCAUCACUGCCGUGAUGUUUCUGUGGCGCCUCCCACUAAAGCAAAAAGCGAAGCAGAAACUGCUAUAAGAUGCCGAAGGGAAAGGUUUCGUGAGUCAGUCAGUUGUUGAUAGAAACUGAAGUUGGGUUUCUUCAGGAUUUGUUUUGUAUUCAGCGCUCACACGCUUCCUGAACAUGGGGUUCCUGUUGACCAAGAUGAUGGCUGUGUUCGGAGACAAAGAACACAAAGUCAUCAUUGUGGGUUUGGACAAUGCUGGGAAAACAACAAUCCUCUACCAGUUCCUGACGAAGGAGGCCGUUCAUACGUCACCCACCAUUGGCAGCAACGUUGAGGAGAUCAUCGUCCGCAACACUCACUUCAUGGUUUGGGACAUCGGCGGACAGGAGAGUCUAAGAGCCAGCUGGUACUCCUACUACUGCAACACAGAGAUUGUCAUUCUGGUUGUGGACAGCACUGACCGAGAAAGGCUGAGUGUAACCAAAGAAGAGCUGCACCGAAUGCUUGCACAUGAGGACCUACAAAAUGCAGCCAUUCUUGUUCUGGCGAAUAAACAAGACAUAAAGGGCUCAAUGACAGCAGCAGAGAUCUCUCAGUGCCUCACGCUUGACUCCAUCACAAGGCACUCCUGGCAUGUCCAAGCCUGCUGCGCCCUGACUGGAGAAGGUCUUCCUGCCAGUCUGGACUGGAUGAAAUCGCACGUUGUGACGAGCUGAUGCGCUGUCAGUAUGAUUUACAGUGUUGUGGGCCAGUGUAAUAGCAUCUGAGGCAGAGCCGGCUCGCCGCUCCUGCUUUGUUUUCGUGUGGGAGUCUGCAAAGAGCUGCUUCGAUUCUCGCCUCAGAGUGAACAAAGACCUAAAAGGUUUCAGGGCUGUUUUAUUUUUAUUAUUCUUAAAGGUCUAUGCCUCUGUGUGUCUGUUUACACUGCCAGAAUCCGGGUAUAUUUUCUAUAUUUUUUUUAUCUAAGACUAUGAUGCACUGCUCCAUUUUAUUUAUUUAUUUUGAAAGAUGUAUAGUAAUCAGGUACAAACUCUUAUAACCCAUUAUGCAUUCAUGAGGUUUCUCUCAUUCCACAGAGGGUUGUUGAGAGAAAACCACUUUUUGCAAUAUCUACAGCACUGUUGGCACCCCAUGUAAAAAAAAAAGGCUUCUGUUAAGGCAGUUGCAUAAAAAUGAAAUCUUUAAUAUGAUUAAAUCCAUUCAGUUGGGAAAAUGAUCCCCAGAACACGCCAUUUCAAGUAAGGGUGGUGUUCAUUAUUCAUCAUAAUCAAUGAAAUACAACAAAAUUGCUUCCUGUCUACUGUCAGAGCAAAAAUCAAACAUCUAAAAACAACUGAAAACCUGGACAAGGGCCUAAGACUCCUUUGCCACCACAUCCACUAAGGAUGAUGGUAGUUGUAGUUUUGUGUUUGAAAAUUCCAGCAAAGAACAUUUUCAGGCUUUUGUACCCACUUUAUUUGCAGUGCCAGUAAUAGAAGGGUGCUAUAACUGUUAAAUGCCCCUAAUCUAUUGCUAGAGCUUAACAACGCAGUGCCAUUAAGAUUUAAACAUAAACUUAAACAGCAAAGUGAUAAAUGAGACGGGAUAUUUGUCAGCACUCGUGCAUUUCAACAUGUAAAGAGUGUAAUGAGACUAAUGUUUUCAGUUCAGAUAAAGCCUGCCACUUAAAAAACCAUUAGCACCGUUUGACCUUUGACUGUUAUUUUUUUAAGGGAUGACGUUUGUGUUUUAGUAUCCACAAACUAUUUCUAGACAAAGCACUUGCCUCGCCGAUGUCAAAAGUAAGUUUUCAUGCACAGUUUAGCGGCUGCCUGCUAUAAACCAUUAGCUUAUAAUGAAAUAACGCAAUGUUUACACUAUGAGAAGAAAUUCCUGUGGCCUCUACUAUCUCAGUAACUCUGCAAUGUUGACAAGAAGCUUAAAUCUCAUGGAUAAAUGUAAAUUGUGUAUUUUGUGUCACUGAAUGCCAGCAGUUUUCAUCUGAAGGUGUUUAUUAUGUUAUCAAAGCUCACCAGUUUUAUUCUGUAUAUUAUAGAAUAAACUAUUUUCCUUGUUGGGAAAAGGAGCUAGCUGCUAAAGAAUAUGACUUAUCUAAAAUGUAAAUAGUGUGUUUUUUUAAAUUGUUUUUGAAAUAAAUACUAAUAUUGCGACUUUGA